AUGAGUUCUGUAAAAUUACUUUCAUUAGAUAGAACUAUCAUAGGCACUGCUAUUCUCUAUAAAGAAUGCAAUCAAUUUUAUAGUAUUACUAUAUCACCUUCUUACUGCAUGCUUACUUUAACAAGCUGUAUUAGACCUUAUCUUCUUGAGAUCUUAGAUCCAUUUGAAAAUUAUAAUAAUCUGUCUCAACUCAGUAUUGCAUCAAUCUUUGUAGAUCACACUUUUACUGAGUGGAGUGAUGUUGAACGAUAUAUUAACACCUAUGCAAUGAAGCAAGGAUUUGCUACAAGACUUGGAUGUACAGAAAGAUAUUUAGGUUUAAUUACUAGAGCAGAAGUAAUUUGUUAUUGUAGUGGUAUUGCAAGUAAUAAAAGUAAUGGAUUACGGGAAACAAAAAGUAUUGCAAUAGGUUGUCCAUUUAAAAUAGUAAUUUGUUGGGCAAAAUUUGAAUAUCAAUAUCAUAUAAGUGGUGUUCCAGUUUCAACAAUAAUUAAUAUGUUAACUGAAGAAUAUGAUAAAUACAUUCACAACAAAAACAUAUAUAAUACUUUAAAUGGUCAGGCUCGUGAUCACAUCAAGGGUCUAUCUCAAAUUGCUGAAUUAUUAAAUAAUUUACAAAAUAAAAAUGAAUAUAUAGUUACCUAUUCCAUUAAAGAUAACAAGCUUUGUAGUUUAUUUUUUACUACAACUUCUUCAUUAAUGCUGUUUAAACAUUAUCUAGAAGUUAUACAAAUGAAUACUAUAUACAAAACUAAUCGUUUUGAAAUGCCACUUCUGCUUAUUAGUGGCAUUGAUGCAAUGAGUAUAACAUUCUUAAUUGCAAGUAGGCUUUUAUCUAAUGAAACUAUUUCAAGUUUCCAUUGGAUACUACAACAACUAAAACAAGUAACUUCUAAUAUAAUUGACAAUGUACAAACAGUUUUAACUGAUAAGGACCUUGCUUUACUCUCCUCAAUUUGA